AUGCAUUCGCCAAGGCCUUCUGAUCCAGUCUCUCCUGUCCAAGAAGUGCAGACAUUUGGUGAUGAGGAGACCUACUCCGAGACCUACCCCGAAGGAGGCAAGGAUGCAUGGCUCGUCGUGGCGGGCGCAUGGUGCGCCAUGAUCCCCUCCAUGGGAGUCCUCAACACCCUCGCCGUCCUGCAGGCGUGGGUGUCCGAACACGAGCUGAAAGGGCUUCCCGAGUCCACCAUUGGCUGGGUCUUCAGCACCUACGCCUUCUUUUUAUACUUUUGUGGCGCCCAAGUUGGCCCAAUAUUUGACGCUCACGAUAUUCGGCUCCUCGUUGUGCCAGGAUGUGUUGGGAUUGUGGCCGCCACCAUGCUGUUGAGUGUGUGCAAAGAAUAUUACCAGUUCCUGCUCACCUUCGGAGUCCUCGGUGGUAUUUCAGCAUCACUCCUCUUCAACCCCAGCAUCGCCGCUGUAGGACACUGGUUUUCCAAGAGACGUGCACUGGCAACAGGAGUGGCAUGCACCGCGGGCGGCGUCGGCGGAGUCGUCUUCCCCCUCAUCAUCGUCUUCAUGGCGCCGCGGGUGGGAUUCGCCUGGGCAAUCCGGACGGUUGGGUUCAUCUGCGCCGCGGCAUCCGUGGGCGCGUGCCUACUCCUGAAGAAGCGCCUGCCGCCCAACAAGAAGGCCGGCGCCGCCAUCGACCUCAAGGCAUUGGCCGACCCCAGGUUCGGCGCGACUGCGCUGGCCGUCUUCCUGAUCGAGUUCGCCGUCUUUAUUCCUUACACGUAUAUCUGCUCGUAUGCCAUCCACGAGGGCCUCGACCUGCAGACGUCGCUGCUCCUCAACGCCCUCGUCAACGCCGGCGCCAUCCCCGGCCGUGCACUGCCGGGCUACGUCGCGGACCGGUUUGGGCCGAUGAAUGUCAUGUGUAUCACGGCGAUGGUGUGUGGCACGUUCAUUUAUGCUCUGUGGUUGAGCGCCGCCGGAGGUAAGGGUGCCACCAUCGCCUUUGCCAUCCUCUUCGGAUUCUGGUCCGGCGCUGGCAUCAGCCUGACGCCGGUCUGCGUGGGCCAGGCGUGCAGGACCGAGGACUAUGGUAAGAGGAACGGGACCGCGUUCUUCCUUGCUAGUUUUGGCACGUUGGUCGGUGUCCCAUUGGCAGGCGCCAUUGUGCAGUGGUGUGGUGGGGCCUAUUACGGGCUGAUCGUCUUUGCUGGUGGCUUGUAUUUCCUGUCGUUGUGCGCUUUCUUCGUCGCAAGAGGGCUUUGUGGUGGCUGGAGUUUGAAGACACCUUUCUAA